UACUACUAUAUUAUAGUAUAAUAUAUUAUGCUAGAUAUGUAGUAUAAACUGAGUACAGAAACUGGAAUGAACCGUGUAGGAGCUUGAACCGAAUAGGUUCGGUAUGAGUGUUGAUUUUCAAAACCGAGGCAGGAUUUGGUCAGGUUCAGGAUCACACUGACACUCUUUGCAAAUCGAACUGAAUACCGGUUUCAUAAACAAUUCACACCCUUAGUGGAACCCUAAUGGUAGUUUGAGACGGAGCCUAGUUUGGUAGUAUACGUUGUACGAUGCUGUAUACAAACAACUACUAAGCUUUUUCCCAACCGAAUAGGUUCAGUAUAAGUGCUGAUUUUCAAAACCGAGGCAGGAGUUGGUUAGGUUCAGGAUCACCCCGAUACUCUUUGGAACUGAACUGGAUACUGGUUUCAGAAUGAUUUACAUCCUUAGUGGAACCCUUAGAUAAAAAAAAAAAAAAAAAUCCAAAAUGGUAGUUUGAGUUUGGAAGUAUACGUUGUACGAUGCUAUAUACAAAUAACAACUAAGCCUUUUCCCAACUGAACAUGGAUCAGUCAAAGUAAAAGAUAAAAGAAAGAAGAGGGAAAAGGGGAAUGGAUAGAGAAAAGAAAUUAAACAAAGGCAAUGCAACACCUCCGGGCUAUCCCACCUAAACACAUCAGCAACAUGGAUCUUUGCCCUCCAAACAAAGGUGACAAGUAUCACUGACCUUCAUACUCGGAGGGUAACGACGAUGAAUAGCUAAACUAUCAAUAGCCACACUAUACCCAACUUAGUCGGAAUUGGUGCUUCUUGUGGCAUAUGAUGGUGUAUGUCACUUACCCCAAGCAUACUACACUCUCUCCAAAUUCAAGCCUCCGAGAGUGUCAAUAAAGCUUCUAACGUCAAUGUCUAUGGACUCCAUGCUAUCCUCCUCUUUGAGCGGUGGUAUGAAUCAGCGACGAGGGCCUCCCGAGCAUGGUUAAAAACUCAAUGAAGUCUCACUGAAAUUUUGGAGAUUUUGAAGUGGCUGAGUCGAAGUAAUAUACAAAUAAGAGAAAUGACAAAGUUUUGGUCAAAAUAUUGGUGGUUCGCUGAAAUUUCGACCCUAUAUUGUAUCAGUUUGGUGAUACGAUUCAUGGUAUUAUAAAUACCUUGUUUUGAAUGUGCCUAGUCGAAAUUGCGACCGAACUUGAGCUAUUUCGCCUGUUUCGCCCUUUUUCUCUGCGGAUGAAGGAAAACCAACAUUUUGGUCUGAUUUUGCCACCUCACUUAUCACACACUAUUGGAAUACAGUGCUGGGGGUUUCUGCCUCACUCCAAUGACUUCGUUAGCUAUGUAUUGGUGAAGAAUUGGCCACAUUCAACAGUUGAAGGAACCCAGAUGGAUCAAUCCCGCUACUUGUUUGCAAUAUCAUGCUUUCAGAUGGAUCUUCUUAGCGAAGCUGAAGCAGCACUUUGCCCUGCUAAUCAGCCCAAUGCAGAGGUUCCAAAUGGUGCAGCUGGUCAUUACCUUCUUGCGCUCAUUUAUAGGUACACUGAUAGAAGGAAAAGUGCGGUCGACCACUUCAAGCAGGCUUUGUCAAUAGAUCCCUUGCUAUGGGCUGCAUACGAAGAAUUGUGUAUGUUAGGUGCUGUGGAAGAAGCAAAUGGAUUUUUUGGAGAAGCUGCUGCCCUUUGCAUUCAAAAGAAAUACCUACAUUGUGUGUCGGGAUCCCAAAACUUGCAAAUUUCUGGUGAUGAUAUUGUAGUUCAUAGUAGGAACUUGGGCCCUGAAGAUGUAAGCCCAAGGCAAUCAAAACAUGCUCAUGGGAGCAAUCUAAGAGAUAUACCUGGAAAUUUUCAUGGAGCAGGUCUGUCUGGAGUUUCUUCUAUCCAAUCUCUCAAUAGUGGUUCUUCUAAUGCAUUGCUAUAUAACACUCCUCCAAUUACAACACAGUCAUCCAGUGUUGGUCCACCACCUCUAUGUAGAAAUGUGCAGCCAAAUUUUUGCAUGUUGGGUGGGGACAGCUCUCCAAGGUCAACUGCAAAUGCUGCUGUUCAAGCCCCUCGAAGGAAGUUCAUGGAUGAAGGGAAACUACGAAAGGUUUCAGGGAGGUUGUUUUCUGAUUCUGGGUUUAGACGAAGUACAAGGCUUUCUGGAGAAGCAGCGGCCACAUCAAACACCAUGCAAGUUGGAGUAAAUGGACCCAGUCACUCUUCCUCGAAAUACCUUGGAGCAAUUUCUUCAUCAUCAUCAAAGUUGAGUUCUGCAAGUCUUCGUUCUGUGACCUUUCGAAAGGGACAAUCCUGGUCUGCAGAAAGUUGUGAUGAAGGGAGACGACUAGAGGCUUCUGAUGAUGCUCGUUUGGAUUUUACAGAAACAGCAUCUUCUAGUGCAUCUCCCUUGGGGGACGAUAUAUCUGUUGAAUGGGAGCAAAAGAGCACGUUGGUUGGUGGGGCGAUCACAGAUGGUUUCAGAGUUUCAAAUGGUGUCUCAGAGCUACUUGCCCUCCUUAGGACUCUCGGAGAAGGUUACAGGCUUUCCUGUAUGUAUAGAUGUCAGGAUGCUCUGGAUGUCUUUUUGAAGCUUUCUCACAAGCAGUAUAAUACAGGAUGGGUACUUUCUCAGGUUGGAAAAGCGUAUUUUGAGCUGGUAGAUUAUCUAGGAGCUGAUCAAGCCUUUAAUCUUGCACGCCGAGCAUCACCUUACAGUCUAGAAGGAAUGGAUGUAUACUCUACGGUUCUGUAUCAUUUGAAGGAAGAUAUGAAGCUAAGCUACCUUGCUCAAGAGCUGAUUUUAAUUGAUCGAUUAGCUCCUCAAUCUUGGUGUGCUAUAGGAAACUGCUAUAGCUUGCAGAAAGAUCAUGAAACUGCUCUGAAAAAUUUUCAGCGUGCUGUUAAUCUCAACUCAAGAUUUGCAUAUGCCCAUACCCUAUGUGGCCAUGAGUAUGUAGCCUUGGAGGAUUUUGACAAUGGAAUAAAGAGCUACCAGAGUGCCCUUAGAAUAGAUGCAAGGCACUAUAACUCGUGGUAUGGUCUUGGGAUGGUUUAUCUUCGCCAAGAGAAGUUUGAGUUUGCUGGGCAUCACUUUCGAAAGGCUUUCCAAAUCAAUCCACGCUCUUCUAUUAUCAUGUGUUAUCUAGGAACAGCUUUGCAUACUUUAAAGAGAAGUGAGGAAGCCUUGGAGAUGAUGGAGAGAGCCAUUUUAGCUGAUAGGAAGAAUCCACUUCCCAUGUAUCAAAAAGCCAACAUACUUCAUAGUCUUGAAAGAUUAGAUGAAGCUUUGAAGGUUCUACAGGAGCUGAAAGAGUAUGUCCCUCGUGAAAGUAGUGUCUAUGCAUUGAUGGGUAAGAUCUAUAAGCGGCGUAACAUGCAUGACAGAGCUAUGCUUCAUUUUGGACUUGCUUUGGAUUUAAAACCAUCUGCAGCUGAUGUUGCUAUCAUUAAGUCUGCGAUGGAGAAGUUACAUGUACCCGAUGAUUUAGAGGACUUGUAAAUUUUACUGGAGAGGAAAUUGCAGAUGGCAGAUAAUGAUCAGGCAGAGGAACCUUGUCCCUGAGGAGCUCGGCCUGGCUAAUCCCAAUGAAAUUAACCAACUCAAAUACCUAACUCAGGGUCAUUGAGUAUGCCACAAGAGGUGUACCUUGUUAGUUGUAACAGUAUCAUAUACAUUUUUUCAGGAACUACCCAGGAAUCAGGCUAGUCAUCAAUACUCAAAAUCUGCAUACUUCGUAACAGUAAUGCAAUUGUGCGGAAAGGGCUUGUAUCAUAUGUUAAAAGAGUGGGAAAAUGUGCCAGGGGUACCUAAUUUAAGUGCACUACGAUAGGGGGGUGUGUCCUAUCAUGGCUACGGGUUAGUUGAUUAUUCUUUUAGUUUAUUUUCCUCGGUCUUUAGUUUAUUUCUUUCCUAUUUAGAUUAGAUCUCUUUUUUUCUAAUUAGAGUAGGUUUCUAUUUUUCUAUUUCUUGUUUAACAUGGAGUUUCCCUCCUUGCUGAUUGUAAUCGGUCUGUUUGAAUAAUAUAUAUGUAUGGUAGAGGGGGGAGACUGCAUCUUACAACACUGCUGUACUUUUUGUCUCACCCUCUUCUUCUUCUCCUUCCUUUGUGGUUACUGGUUUAUUGUUCCUGAUAUUGUCACAUCAUAAAUUCAAAUCAGAAAAAGAUCUGCAUCUUUUGGUUGUA